AUGGCUAUCUCUGCCAGAUGGAAGCUCAACAGCACCGUGCGCGAUCUCGAUAUCACCAAACAGACCGUGGAAAACGCGGAGAGUCGUGCGCGUCUUCAGAUAAAGACUAGCGUUUCGAAACUAUCCCAUGGAAAUACUCGACAGUUUGCACAAGCCCUACAUCACGAAGCGGACGAGUUGUGCCAACGUGGCGAGUACGAGUCGGCGUUGGUAUUGUAUCAUCGAGCAGCUACUGUGUGUCCGCGUGACAGCAGUCACAGUGUGGCAGUACGACGUACCGCAGCUACAAUAAACUCGUGGAAUAUUUCAGAAAAAAGCUCAAGGAAAGAUGACGCGCUUUCUAGGACGACUUCGAGUCACGACAAUAUGGCGCUUAAAGCGCGUGAUACUUCAAAAUAUCUCAAUAAACGCAAGAAGACUUCCGGCAAAAUUUUCCCCGCGCUGAGACCCUUGACUUCCAAACUAAUUCGAUCCAUGACGAUGUUGAAGCAUGUCAAUAAUCGCGCCAAUGCUAUGCUGAAGAACUUGAAAGUUAAUUUCAACGCUGGCAAGAUGAAGACUUCCCUGAGACUCGCUGAGGACUUGCUAACAUUAUCUUCCAGCUUAGAGAAUUCUUGCCGAUACAAAAUAUUGGCGUAUCAGUAUUUGUCUCUGAUCCACACGAAAUUGGGAAGGCAUGAUCGAGCGUGUAGUAACGUUGCCAUGAUAGUGCGGCUGUCGAAGAGCAUCAACGACGUCAUUCUACUGUCACGCGCUCUUGUGACUUUAGGCAGGGUGCAUCUCAGCUUCGGUCAUUUGGAAGCUGCCGCACGUGCUUUGGAAAAUCUGUCGAUCCAUGUCGACCAUCCGGUGCCGCGGGCUUGGGUACACCAUGAGAUUGGACGCUGCCAUUUGGAGACGGGGAAGUACGUCAAGGCGUUGCGCAAGGCGACGCAGUGCCGGGAAUGCGCGGAGGAGGCAAACUCGAAGAAGUGGACCUUCCAUGCCGACCUGCUGCGGGCGCAAUGCCUGACGAUGCUGGGUCGUUUCGCUGGUGAUGACUCUAUUUCUCAAACUGUUGUUCCAAAGGCUCUCGAGGAACUACGAAUCGCUGCGAAGAUCAGUGAAGAGGAGGGCGACACGCCAAUGCUGUCUUACAUUCGAGAUCUAAUCGAACAGCUGAAUCGUGCUCUGCGCGAAGUCACGUUCAGCGAGGAAAGAUGCUUCGAAAGUAUUCUUCGAAGACUAUCGCCGCGUUGCAAAGAACCUAGACUAUCCGAGGGGAACAAGGCGAUAACAAGUUCGGGUAUUAAGAGAACGACACGCAGCAAGGACAACGUCGCUUUAACGCCACCGUUUUAUUCUGACUGUCUGGAGGACGAAAUCCUCGAUCAACGUGAGAUAGAGUUGGAUUCAAGUUCGGUGGACAGCGCCGUAUCCUGCAAAAGCAAAAACACUAAUUUAACAUAUGCGAUCGACUCUUAUACGGACGUUUCAUACAGAGACAAGCUUGACAGAACGAGGAUAUGUGAUGAUGAACUUUUGUCAUGCGAGUCGCACAUGACGUUCCGUACCUAUUACAAAGAGUCUAGACACUCCAUCAACGAAGACAAAGCAUCAGUCUCUUUAAAACAACCAAUCGCAACAUGCUCCAGUAAUGUCAAAAAGUGCGGCGGACAAACUGAAUGCGAGACAUUCAGGAUUUCGAGAUCCUACGAGGGCGUAACUUUGACACCGUUACUGACAAAGCGCAGCAUGAUGCCGUCGUUGGAACAUCGUGUGGCCGUUCGUCACUCACUGAAGUGGAAAAACAAGAUAAUGAUGAAGAAUCCUUCGUUCACGAAGAAUUUUUCAACUUCGAUGUCUCUACCGAAGACUAAACGCGCUAAACUAAGGAAGAAUGUUCGGAAUUACGCUACGACGAAAUUAUGA